UCUGAAUCUGGGUCACAUGAGAAGGAGAUGGCAGGCAACGCUGCUUCAUCCUAGGACUUUCAGAAAAAAGAUCCAGAAAACUAGGCACAAACCGAGAUUAGAGGGAGUGAGUGAAUGAGAUCAAGAGAAUGAAACAACUCUGCUGUCCCGUAGUGUCUUGUUUUUCUCUAUUGCUAAGAAAACACAGUAGUAAUAGAAGUAGUAGCAAUGGUAGAGGUUUAACUCCAUUUCUAUCUUUUGGUAUAUUAGGAUUUACAUUCUUUGCAGUUGUCUUCAUUUAUGGUGAAGAUUUACAUUGUUUCUUCAGUAUACAGCAACACGAUGGAGCUACUGUUGUAUCAUCAAAUUUUCAGCAAAGCCGUCAACACCAUCUUGACCAAGAUUCGGUAAAUCCCCAUCCUUUCUAUAAUCCUCAACAACCGAAUCCGCCAUCAAUAUCACCAAUGCCCAGAACAAAAACAGCCUUGGCGCCAACAAAGACUGAUGAUCAUGUAGGAGGAGUUGAAGAGGAGUGUGAUUUGUUUAGUGGAAAAUGGGUAUGGGAUGAACCGAAUCGGCCGCUUUAUGAAGAAUCCGAAUGUCCAUACAUACAACAACAAUUUUCUUGUCAAGCACAUGGCAGACCUGAUAACAGUUACCAGUUUUGGAAAUGGCAACCCCAUGGUUGUUCCCUUCCAAGCUUCAGUGCAAGUAUUAUGCUGGAGAAGCUUAGAGGAAAGAGGAUGCUGUUUAUAGGCGACUCUCUAAACCGGGGUCAGUUCUUUUCUUUCGUGUGUCUCCUUCAAAGAUUGAUUCCAGAACGUUCCAAGUCCAUGACAACCUACGAAUCCUUCACUGUCUUCCGAGCUGAGAACUACAAUGCAACAAUUGAAUUUCACUGGGCUCCGUUUCUUCUCGAAUCGAACUCUGACAAUCGUGCCAACCUUCAAAAGAAAAAAAAGAGAAUUGUUCGCAAGGAAACUAUAAAUAAGCUCAGCGAGUAUUGGAAAGGUGCGGACAUUUUGGUGUUUAAUACAUACAUAUGGUGGAUAACAGGCUCAAAAUUUAAGAUACUGCUUGGAUCUUUCGAACAAGAGAAGAAAGAUAUAGUUGAGAUGGAAACAGGAGAUGCAUAUCGAAUGGCAAUGGAGACUUUGCUUAAAUGGGUCGAGACAAAUACGGAACGUAACAAAACAAGGGUCUUCUUUACAGGCAUGUCACCCUCCCAUGGAAGGAGUUCGGAAUGGGGAGGUGAUACAGAUGGGAAUUGUUACAACCAAACGAGUCCAAUCGAAGAUCCAUCCUACUGGGGAUUUGGAUCGCGUAAGAGCAUAAUGAGAGUAAUCGAAGAUGUUUUUAGCAAAAGUAAGGUACCCAUUACAUUUCUAAACAUCACUCAAUUGUCAGAAUAUCGGAAAGAUGCACAUACGUCCAUCUACAAGAAUCAGUGGAAACCACUGACGCCGGAGCAGUUAGCGAACCCAGUACACUAUGCGGAUUGCACACAUUGGUGUUUGCCUGGAUUGCAAGACACCUGGAAUGAGCUUCUAUACGCCAAGCUCCUCCAUCUUUAGUCAUGCGAUAUAUAAAUUCUUUAGCGUCCCUUUCACGGGAUGAAACUAAUUAGAGAGUUGUCUAUAGGAUUUCUGGUUUCUUUUACAUUAAAAAUGCUAAUAGUUCAAAGAAUUUGUAUGGAGAGAAUAUUUCAUACACAACUAACUGUAAUGAUAUAGAUGAUUAUUGUGAUU